UCGCAAAGCAUGUGCGAUGCGCGCUGUUUAUCUCGGCUUGAAGUGUGUUGCGUAUUUACGUAUAGACUGGACUGUAUGAAUUACGACUGAUUUGAGUAUUAGAAAUGGAUCAGUGUGACAUUGAGAUGAAAGAUAAUGACGCAAAUGACACAAGCAAUACAAACAAAAGAACGAAUGCGGUUGACAUUGAGUCUCAAACCUGUGAUGAAAGUUCGCAAGACUUGUUCAAUGACGAUGCAUCAGCAGGAAAUUCUCCGUGUGUCUAUUUGGACGUGUCUCAAAUCAUCGGACUUAAGUCUCCUCUAGAUUUAUUUGCAACCCCGACACAAACUUCAAGGAUACGGAAAGAAGAGAGCAGGAGUCCAACUCACGCAACUGUUCCAAGUAUACCAUCAAGUCUUGUACCAUUUAUUUCAACAGUAAACGAGUCCUGGACUAGCGACCUUGAAACACCUCAAGCAAAAACAGUAGAGUUACACCAGAAUCAAGUAAACGUGCAGCCAAAGUCAUGCGAAUAUGUUGGAAACAAGGGGUAUGAUUUGAUGGUAUCAAACAACGUCACAUCUCAUGUAACGACACCAAAUGGUUGUUUUACUGCUAAAGUUGAAGAUGAAAGCCUGUCCUCUUCUCCAGUUUUACACACUAUGAACAAAAGGCAUCGACCCAAGCGUCGCAUACUGAAGUCACUUGAGACUACUAUUCCAAAGACCAUCUUGAGAAAUGCUACUAACACCCACACAUCUGUUGAUAAUAUCGCAAUGAAACCAAUAGAUCAUGAUUACGAUGGUGUUACUUCGGUGCCAAGUGAUUUCAACGACAUUACUAAUAGUACUUUUGUUAUUGUUGAUAAUCGUUCACUUCACAAUAGCAAUAUUUCGCAAAUACAUAGUGAGGAAGAAGAUGUAGAAACUAAUCGUUCAAAUGAAGGUGUUGAUAGUAGAUUCCUUUCUCACAAAACUAUUACCUCGGAUCUAGAAAAUCAGUUCAUUAGUAAUGAUAUUUCGAAUUCUCCUUUGGUCAUGAAUAGAAGCUCGGAAAAUUUCUACAAAGAAAAUUUAUCGAUGACUGGAUUGCAGAAUUGCAAAGACUCUGAAAAAAUUAAUCGCAAUGAUAUAUUGGGAAGUAGAAAACCUCUAAUAGGAAGUACUAAAACUUCUGUAUUUAAUUUCGUCAAUGACAAGGUGCUCCUAGAUUCGACAGAAUUCAAUUCAUGUAAUGACAAAUCUGACUCAACAAAUAUAAGUCUUUCACGUAAAAAGUCUAUGACGGCACGUGUCAAGCUGAUAAAAGAGUUGAAGAAAAAGAAACAGCAGGUUAGUAAAUUCGAACCUGUUGAUAUUCCAAUUGAUGUUUUUACCAGAGCAGCUGAAGCUUUAGAAAGCGCUAAAAUAUCAGCGACGGCUUCACCCAAAAAACAUGACUUGAAAAAAGAUUGGGGAUUAAUAUCAUUCACAGAAAUGUGCUUACUGGAAGAAGAAGAACUGAAGAAUCAAAAUUUGCCUCAGUCAUUGGAUAAUUCAAUUAACUAUUCUGAGGUACCAGCUGACGAAGCAAAUGACUUAGCUAGCUCACUCAAAAAUGGUGAAAUUGUCAUCGACAAGGAAAUUCCUAAGAAAUUGUCUGCUGUGUCCUCAGAAGCUGAUGUUAACCACAGUGAUGUAUUUUCAUUGCCGUUGACUCACACAGAAGAGCCUUUGAUAGACAUUGAUGAAUUUAGUCCAUGGUUUUACCCAUCAAAUGAAACGAAGUCUGCGUCAACAAGCGACUUGAACAACGUAACAAAUAUGCCUCAAGGCACAUUGAAGAAUAUGCAAAAAGAAUCAGAAGCAGCUAUGGAGCAACCGGAUCGAAACGAAGAAAUUAGGAACGGAGAAAAUCAAUCGAAAAUUUGGCCAUCCGGUUCUACAGUUGUUAAACAAUCCAAUAUAAGUAAGAGCAGUAUUGAAAGUAAUGAUCGAUUGUGCGUUCCGGCAGCUUUGGAAAACGUUAAAAGCGAUAGCAGAACUUUGUUACAGUCGUACAGUUCGCCGGGAUUCUCUACGGCCAGUGGUAAGCCAAUAAGUAUAAGUGAGGACAAGAUUAGGAGAGCGACAGAGUUAUACAAGGAGAUCGCCAUGCAAGAUCAAAGCGGUUGUGAUGGUAUGUUGUUGGAUGAGAUAUCGCGAAAUCAUGUAACGAAUAAAGUGACAAUCAAUGCUAGUAUUCCUCGGAGUUCCGCCAGUUCAGCAACUGCUAUUACAGCUAAUAAAUCAGUGAUUAAUACCAGCAAAGAUAACUUGGCAAAGACUGUCCAUUCGUUUGAAGAGGUUGGUUGUCAUAGGAAAGCAAUCGAAACAGUGGACAUGCCACAAAUUGGCUCAUGUAAAGUUUCUACGUCUCGAGGCUUGAAGCGACAGAGAGAAUAUUGUGAUACCGAUUCCUAUGGAAUGUCUGAAGUCGGUUCCAACUUUGGAUUUACAACGGCUUCUGGAAAGCCUUUACUAGUCAGUGAAAUCGCUAUGAAAAAAGCUAAAUUAUUAAUGUACCAGGACGAAAGUUUGCCACUGCAUGAGGAACCAAAAACGAAGCUGAGGGACUUUGAAAAUGUGAAAAAAAAUAACUCUGGCAUUAAGAGUUACUGUGAUGCCCAAAAGACAGAAAUCACAGUUACGCAUUCCCUCAAUUGUGAUACUGGAAGUGGUGGACAUGUUGAAAUUAAACAAUCAUCCACGACAAAAGCAGGAAAUCUGUCGAGUGAUAAAUAUUCUAGGCAGUUGCUGGAGUUAUCUGGUACAAUUUCCCAGAAGUCUUAUUCAGUUACUGAAAAUCAUUCCAGGCAGCUGGUACUGUUGGAAAAUGAAUCACAAGUAACUCGAUCAACUUCAAAAUCUGAAUCAAACAAAUUAAAACUGGGCAAUAUUUCUAAAAACGUUUUGACCGAUGUUACUUCUAAUACAAAAGUAGCAAAUGACUUUGGAAGAGCUAAUAAUGCAGAAAAUUGGACCGCCAACAAUUAUGCAAUCAGCAAUAAAAUUUCGCAUAAUUCUACAGGAUUUAACACAGCGAGUGGUAAAGCAAUACCUAUUUCAGAAAAAGCACUGUCUAAUGCUAAAAUACUAUGGACGCAAACAGUAGAUGGUUGUGAUUCUGAUUCAUUUAAUCAUAUACUUGAUAAAGAAAAUUCAAUAGCGAGGCUUCCAACUGACAGUAAAAAACUGCCAAAAAUAUCGGAUCAGAUGUUGUCAAAAGUUGAUAUCAGGAUGGAAUCUGAAGAACACAAUACUGGCGAUUCUGAGUUUUCAAAAUAUAAACCUGACAAUAAGUAUACAACUGCUGGAUUCUCAACUGGCAGUGGCAAACCAAUAAAGAUAUCAGAUCAGGCAUUGACUAAAGCAAAAAUUUUGAUAAUGUCUGAAGAACAGAAUAGCUUUGAAUUUUCUCAACUGAAUCUUCAAGCUCGCAAUAAAGAUACACGUGAAUAUUCAACAGACAACAGUGACUGGACAAAAAUCGAUGAGAGUGUAACAAUGAAAGUUAAGAAACCCGUUGUCGAUAAGCAAGAAAAUAGUCCACAACACAAUGAUUCAAGAAAGCGUAACAGUUCAGCUGUUGAAGUUUGUAAUAGUAAUAAUAUUUCCGUAUUUACAACGCCUGGGAUCCAAUUAUUAUCGGAAAAUAUUACAUCUGAUGAUACACCUGAGGGUGCGCUACUUUAUCAAAAGUCUGAAAAGGUGGGUCUUAAUUCCGAUAUACGAGCACGCAAAUUAUUUGCUGAAAGGGAUUGUGAUACAGGUGAGGAGAUGGAAAACAUGGAACAUCACUCAGAAGAGAAUCAAAGUCUUGGAAUACCGGUCAAUAGCAACAAAAAUUAUGCUUGUCAUAUGUUGAAGUAUGAUCGAAAAAAAAAUAAUACAGUUCGAACGCACGCGGAAUCUGACAUAUUUCCCGUAAAUGACAGACUUAUGAUCCCUAAGCUUGAACCGCAGAAGUCUUGGCCAAUGAAUCCUCAGAAUACUAGUGCUCCUCAAUUUUCAAGAAAAUUAAAUGGUCAUGAUACAAUAUUCGAUGUUGUCGAAAACGAUCGAAGGAUGCCCACUGUUUCCGAAGAAAUAACUGCAAGCACAAAAGCCUUACUUGCAGAUGAAGCAAAUUUCCAGGAAACGUUAUUAUGGGCCGCGGCAAUCACGUGCAGUCCACCUCUAAUUGAAAACGAAGAAACAUCUGUAAGACCGUCAGUUAUUCUCAACGAAGAUUGCGACGUUCAGGAAAUACCAUGUAGUCCGAUUAUAGGUGACAGAUUCCGUUCGCGUUCACGGAAAAAACAUAAGCGGAAAAGCAAAAGUUCGUUGAAAAAAGAUUUAGUGAAUCUUGAAGUCACCAAGGAUGAUAAGAGCAGUGUGAAUGGUUUGGUAGAGCAAAUUGAUAGUCAGUGCUUUCAACAAUCUAGUGGUAUCACGACCUCGACUUCUGGUUCAUCUGAACAGUUGCGUAGGUACAUUAGUCCAGUUAUCGAGACUGCUUCAAGUUCGAUGUUUGCAGAAUAUGAAGUAACUGAGAAAAAUGUUCCAGUCUUCAAUAAUCAGGUUGAUAAUCCACCCAAUCCAGUAUCCAGUGUUGAGAUUGAACAAGACGUAAUCUCUAAUAUUUUGGAAAAUCGUUUAGCAGCAACACUGGCACAGGAAAAAAAAAUUCGUGCCAAGAAAAAAUUGAAGUCGAAGCCAAUCGCAGGAAGUUUGUUUCUUCGCAAAACACAGAAAACGAAGCCCCGAUUAUCGUUGCGAGAACUCACUAACGGAGCUUUACUUGUACCACGAACUUCUGAUGAGCUCGCAGAUCUAGCUGUCGGACUUGAUAUCAUGGAAGUUACUGCGGCCACUGCAGUUCGAUAUAGAUUCAAAUGCUCCGAUUUUUACAGCAAAGAUAAAAUAUGUACAGAUGUUUAUGGAAUAGUGAUGGUCGAUGGUGGCUUGUUGAUUUUUGAUGAAAAUGGUUACGCUGGUGUUGACGAGUUUGAGCAAGCAUUUAUAGCAAGUCCCGGAGUGGAUCCCUCUUUAGUACCCCAUAAAUGGGUAGAGAAUCACUAUCGAUGGAUUGUAUGGAAAUUAGCGUCCAUGGAUAGAAUGAAAUUUGGAGAUCUAUCUUUUUCAAGGAUGUUGACACCUGAUCAUGUUAUGGAGCAGCUGAAGUAUAGAUACGAUCGAGAAAUUGACAAGUCUGAGCGUCCGGCUUUGAGGAGAAUCAUAGAAAAAGAUGAUCCUGCAUGUAGACGUAUGAUUCUGUGUGUAGCUACCAUUACUAAGAUCGAAAAUGAUGAAGGCUUGGAAAAGAUGGAACUAAGAACCAUAUCGACGUCACAAUGGAAAGUGGAAUUAACCGACGGAUGGUAUUCCAUAACUGCAAGUAUUGACGCAGCCAUGUCGCGUUUAAUAGCUUUUGGCAAAGUGCGCGAAGGUACAAAGCUUGUUACGUGCAGAGCAGAAUUGUUGAACUCCGAUCAAGGAUGUUCCCCGUUAGAGAUGCCAGCUGAUGUAUGCUUAAAAAUUCAUUCCAACUCCACCAGAAGAGUAAGAUGGGACACUAAACUUGGGUACUGUAAACAUGUGGGAUCAAUUUCAACAGGACUAUCAGCUAUACUUGUAAAUGGUGGUCUGAUUGGAAGAUUGGAUGUGAUUGUCACCCGCGUUUAUCCGAUCCAGUACUUUGAAAAGAGUUCAAACGGCCAAUCGAUAUUCAGAAAUAAGAAGUGCGAAGACAAGGCAGCAAUGGCCUAUGAAAAUGAACGUCAGGCGCAAGUAGAGACGAUCUGCGCACAAGCACGAACUGAAUUUGAAGCCAGGAAUCGGAAACAGUCAAGGACUUCCUCCUCAGAUCCCCAGACCAAACUCUGGUGCUGCGAAUCCAUUGAAAGCGACCUAUCUAGUCAGAAAUCGCAAAGUUGUCACAGUCCUUGCGAAAUGUCUCAAAAGGCUUUCCAUGAUCACCUGGAAUCUAUGUUGACAAGGAAUCUUCCUCCACCACGUAAAGUAACUCAAAUUCUGAAGGUGCGCGUAACGGAGGGUGAAAACACAGCUCUUCUUACAAUCUGGGCACCCAGCGACGAUACAAGUGAUGUUUUAAAGGAAGGAAAUCGGGUCUCUAUCCACAAUGUGCAAACAUCUGGAAAAAGGUUCGGUGAACUUCAGCUGACAGUUGGUCGCCAAUCUGUUAUCAAGUUUGAAGGCUCUGGCGCUUCUGCUUGUCAUCAAAGAUAUUUAACCCCUAUAUCUGAAGUAGGUGUCGCUGGAUUUAGUCCACCGUUCGGCGAGUUUGACACAGUGGGAAUCAUCAUAUCCUUAGGCCCAGCGCCUCAUGGCAUGAAGAACUUCGAAGCUAUGAACUUAGCAUGCCCAAACGCUGACUGCUCAAGUUCUGCAUAUUUGUCAAUACUUUUCUGGGAUGGAAUCAAAGCUCAUGGUUGCUCGGAUAUCCUUUCCAUUGGGUCGACAGUGGCUUGCACCAAUCUUCAGUGGCGUCGAAGUACGCCGUGGGCGAUCCCUGUAGCAUACGCGACGGAGCACUCAACUUUCACAAGAUAUCCGCGUCAAGCUUAUCUUUACUCAGCUUUUGACAUCCUCAAUAAUCAGAUCACGGAUCCACUAAGUUACAUAUCGCAGUGCGCCACUGACAUCGCAAAAAAAAAUGAGCAAAAGCCUAGCGCCACUCGAUCUCCAGGUUCAGUCAACACAUCGAAUCAGGAGUCUUCUCCCGCAGUUGUUCUUUACCAGAGAUAUGGACCAGGAAUGAGUCCAAGGACUCCUCAAGGAGCUCUGAACCCUGGGGGAAACACCACACCCGCAAAAUAUUCAAUUCAGAAGCGAUUGGAGAAGCUUCAAUGGUACGGAGAGCCGCCUGACUUGUCGCCUAUUCCAGUGAAUCGAUCCUCCUUAAAAAUAAACCGGAAAUUUGUACCACCUAUACGAAUGCCAGAGCAUUAAUAAGCUGAGUUCCGGAGACAGCAGUCCGUGUUGGAUGUGUAAAAUUAAAUUUUAUUUAUAGUUAUUACUGUUACCACAAAUUAUUUGUUAUUGUUUUCGUUUUUUGAUUUCUCUUGACACGUGAAAUAGGAUAUAUAAGCGCAGUGCGUUGUUGUAGAAAAGUUUUCUGGACUUCGUUUAGAGCGUAAGAUGAAAAAGAUUAGAAGUUCUAGGAUUAAAUAAAGCAUUUAUUUUUAUAUCAAUGAACAUUAUUUUCGUAUCACAGGGUUUUAUAUUGUUCAAAUACCGCUGACGUUGUUAUAUGGAAUAAGAAGAAAAUUAAAGUCAGUGCGUUCUUGAUUCCACAAUUUCGUUGCUUAUAUUCAUUUGCUCAUUGUUGAUAUUUGAUACUAGGGGCUUCGCCCCUGCGCGCUUCAGGUUAUUUUAUUUAUGUAAUCAUCAUUUAUGACGAAUACAAAGGGUUGUGGAGAUAUCGACGAAUCCGUAACAAUCGCGUUUAACCGGGUUUCCACCCCCCGUUGAAAUCACGAUCAAGCGCUUUUCAACCCGUUAUUGUCUAAAUUUCUAAAAACGCAGAAAGCACUUUUUAGGUAUUUAUAUUAUAAACUGUUUGAAUCAAAAACCAAGUCGAUGUCUCAUCUGUGUGCGGAGAUAUCGUCGAAUCCGUAAAAAUCACGUUUAACCACUUUUCACCCCCUUAGGGUUCGAAUUUCUAAAAAUCACUUCUUAGUGGGUGCUUACGUUCCGAGGGGAAUAUGCAUCCUAAAUUUCAAGUUUCUAGAUCAAGGGGUUUGGGCUGUGCGUUGAUCGUACUUGUUCCUUUAUGUAUAGAGAAGAUAACAUGUAAUAUUUAAUCUGUACAGUGUUGAAUAACGAGUAUGUAACAAUACUAAUUAAUGGAUCGAAGUCCGUUCGUCUCCACAGUAAUUGUGCCCUCCACGCAACCUACACUAAUAUGCACCAUUUUCAUUUUCAUCAUUUGAAACGGGAAUUCCGGUUGUUUUCAGUGAUUUGGCGGGGACAAUUUUGCCAAAUAUUCAGAAAAUUAGAAAUGACAUAAGUUGAGUACUAUUGGGAAACAUUUUAAAAUAAAAACAGUCUGUUUUCUUCAGGA